CAAGAAAACGUUAAAGAAAUGGCCGUUCCCGUUGUCAGACACGGGUUGCGAAUGCGGAAAUUUUUCAAUAUUAAGAAUCAAGAUGUGGCUCAGUGGUUUCCUGGACACAUGGCCAAGGGGUUGAACCAAAUGCAGCGGAAACUAAAAAGUGUGGACUGUAUAAUAGAGGUCCACGAUGCCCGGAUUCCAGUGUCGGGACGAAACUCUUUGUUUGAAAAAAGAUUAGGCUUGUCGUCUCUCAAGCCUCAUAUUCUUAUUCUAAACAAAAUUGAUCUUGCUGACUUGAGACACAGAAACAAGAUUGAGAGUUAUUAUGAGAGUCAAGGAGUGAAGAACAUCAUUUUCGCCAACUGCAAGAAGCCUGACAGCCGGGGCAUAAAGAGUAUAAUUCCCACAGUUUCCGAGUUGGUACAAAAUGCAGAACGCUUCAACCGAUCCGAGGAGAAGGAGUAUCAGAUGAUGGUCAUUGGCAUACCUAAUGUUGGAAAGUCAUCACUAAUCAAUGCCCUGAGAGCUAAACAUACAAGGAAGAGUAAAGCAACACAAGUGGGUGGACUUCCUGGUAUAACAAGAAGUGUUCUGGAGAGGAUAAAGGUAUGUCAUCACCCUAAAGUUUAUUUGCUUGAUACCCCCGGUGUGCUGUCUCCAAGGAUCCCUGAUGUAGAGACUGGCCUCAAGUUAGCACUGGUCGCCACCAUCAAGGACCAUCUAGUUGGGGAGGAUAUCAUGGCUGAUUAUCUCUUAUACAGGUUAAAUUCCCAAGGAAAUCAUUCUUAUGUCAGUUACCUCGGGAUAGAUGAACCAACAGACACCAUUCAGCAACUUCUGGUAUCAGCGGCAAUUAAAAACAACUGGAUGGUGAAGAUUCGUGACCACAGAGGUAUUCAAACUGUCCCAAAUAUCAUGCUGUCUGCAACUAAGUUUAUCAAAGGCUUUAGAACAGGACAAUUUGGAACAUUGUUGCUGGAUGAUACACCUCUUAUGCUGGAGAAAGAACGCAAUAAUUAGGUAGAUGAUCUAUGAACGUGUUGUAGGGUUCUUUUGAUAGUUAAAUAAUGGCCAGUGUGAGUGGAAGUUAGCAGUAAGGACGGCUGCCAUCGUUAGUGGAAGUUAGCUGUAAAGCCGGCUGUCAUCAUUAGUGGAAGUUUCGUGUUCAUUUGCAUUCCGUUUUUCUGCAUGUGGAGGGAGAACGAGGAGUCCUUAGCCGCCAAUUAAGGGUGUAAUCGAAGACCAGAAGUUACAUUUUUGAAAAGGAUGACUGAUGUAAAGUGAAGUUAAAUGGCAAUCUUGUGCAGAUAGACUUGAUGCAUGUAAUGAGUGAGAUCUGAAGUAGCAUAACGGGACGUGGCUUUCCAUUUGGAGGCAACAACUGAUGGUGAGCUUAUUCUUUGGCACGUCUAAACUAAUACUUGCUACAGUGCAUUAACCCUUAUAUCAUCCUUCUUUCAUUCUCUCUAAAUGCACAACUACAUUUUUAUUAACCCCUUGUGUAUGGGACCCCCACUGAACUGAAUAAAAUUGUCUGCAGUUAGUCAAAUAAAAUAUAAAGAUUACUUUAUCCCAGUAGUGAAGGGGUUAAUAAGCUGUUGUUGUGGUAUCUUUCAGUCAUUUUCUCUUUGCUUUGAUUCUGUAGAACUUUUUACAAUAGAUCAGUUUACAUUUUUCCUUUUCCCUCGCUAUCAUCUUGAAUUUAAUUUUUUGCAGACACAUAUUCGGGUUCAUCUUCUUAUUUGUUUAUGACUUUGCUAGUGAAAGUAGCUCACCUGAUUCUAGUGGAUGGAAGUUUUGUUCGAAUGUAGUUACCUGUACUUUAUCUUCCUUUUAAGUUUCUUUUUUUCUUUAGUGUCACAUUAUGGGAACAAAUGUUAACAGAACCCGUAUCCUCUCAUGGCAAAUAUUCUCAACGAGCUUAAGCAUUGUCCCAUAUAGUCACCCGUAACUUUCACCUCAAGCAGUAGGCCAGCUAGUCAUUCCUUACUCGUGCAACUCUCAGGUUACUUUGCCCUGUAGAAGAUACAAAUCUCAGAUCUCUUUGUGAUGUGUCUUUUUAUUACUACACUGGUUACCUUAGACACAGGUAACCUCCUGUAGCAGUCCUCACCUUAGUUUCUCAGCUUCUACAAUUGCCAGUCUUUGCCCUUGCUUUAGAAUGUCUUAAAUUUCAUAGCUUUCACUGAAUUUUUCUAAUAUGGCCUCCUAUAAUUAUGAUAUUGUCCAGACACCUCUUGUGAAUCUUAUCUCAACUCUUGGACUAGCUCUCCUCACCUCCCAUAAGUCUCAGGUUAUUUUCAUCUUUAAAAAAAUGGGAAAUUUCUUCACUUUACAAGUCUUUACUUUUUUUUUAAGAGAGGUUUUGUCAACUUUUAAUAGAUGUACUGUACAUAGGUUAUCUCCUGCAAGAGAACUAUCCACAUCAGGUAGACAAUAUAUUCCUUGUAUGGAGUAUUGUAUUUCUUUUAUAAUAUCAUUGACAUUAGAGCUAGUUGUGUACCCUUAAGUAGGUAUGAGAUAAAUGCUUAGGAUUUAUUUGAGUUUAAUAUUUAAUUAAAUUUCAUCUUAUCAGUUGAUAGUUUUAUAUAGCAAAAGACAGCCUGAGUUUAACUUUAUUUAAUUUAAUGUAAACUUGUAAAAGCUGUACUUAAGACAGGGUCACAAGCAGUCCCAGAGAGAGACAUGUGAUAGAGUAUUAAUUUAUCUUUUACACCACUUGUCAUAUUACUAGCUUUUGGGUGGCAGGACUUUCAUUUUCCAGUGUUAGUACAGUACAGGAGGAAACCAGAGUACCCAGAGAAAACCUACUAUGUUUGGUAGGGUCACACUGGAUAAAACCCUUCUCACAUCCGACCUAGGGAUUGAAUUUGCGACAGUGACGAGAGGUAAGCAUGCUACCGCUUUACCACCAACAUUCCUCAUUAGCUCUGUACCUCUCUGUGAUUUCUGUAAGUAAGACACUACUGUACUAUAUAAGCCUCAAGCUAAAUACUGUAGUAGAUAUGAGGUGAACCUACAAAUAUACAUUAAACCCUUGAUUUCCGCAGUUUACAAGUUCACGAUUUCAUUAUGCCGCAAUGCACCGAUUGAGACCAUAAUUUAAAACUCCUCACCGGCCAUAUUCAUGUAUUCCAGGUGAAGUUGGGAGUUAUGAGCAAAAAACUUAAUGCUGUACAGUCAUAUUCAUUAACUUUGUGUCAGGGAGUACUGUAUUGUAUUUGGUAACUCUCCAUUGUAUUGAUAUGUGACCAAACCAAACCACCAAGAUUAUUACCCCAAAGCCUCAUCUUCAUGUCAGGAAUACAACCCACACAGAAAUCAAGGGUUUACUGUAUUAGAAUGAUACAUCAACCUCGUUUUAAAAUACCGGUAUCCAAAAAUAUGAAGUACAGUACUGUAUAGGUACAAUACUUUAUUUUCACUACUGAUCAUUACAAUAUCUUGACACCUAUUCCUAGGGGACCAUUUUCAACUAAUAUGGAAAAUGAGAUACUUUAGGUUGUUCCUUUGUGCAUGGUAUUAUAAACCUUUUGAUUGUUUUGCAAUAUUUGUCAGUAUCUGCUUACUGUAAUGUGAUUAUUCAGAGUACAGUACAUGCAAAGAAGUACAAAUAACUGAGUGGAACUGAUCCUUCUAACACUGUCUUUUCUUUUGUACAGUAUUUACCUGACUCCAUCCCAUCUCACUUAUCUAGCUUCCUAACCUUGACCAACUCCCACAAAAGGUACAUGAAGUGUUUAUUUGAUGUUUUUACCCAAAGUAUCUCAAGAUGGAGCAUAAAUGUACUGAACUAUACAUAUGUGGUUGUAUCUGUGAGUAAUCGUGGGCAGGAAGAGUGGUCAUCUUUGUUUCUAUUUUUCGGAACCUGAUGUAAUAAUUUAUCUUGAGCUAAUUGUAUUUCUCCUCUUCUAGUUUAACGAUUUAUAUCUCAUUGUGUUGAAUGAGAGAAAAAUGUCACCUUGUUUCAGGAAAUAUUGUUAAACAUCGACGCUAUUGAUGUGUGUCAGUAUAUUAUUGUUUUAUAAUGUAGGUUUUUUCCAAAGUUACCAUCGUGUCUUUUCAGCUGAUGAUUAAUAAAUAGAUAGAUACUAGAGUGUACUAGAGUAUUUUGAUUACAGAAAAGUUGGCAGAUUUGUAUUUGGUUGCAGUAUUUUCAUGAAAUUUACAUACCCGAACGCAUAGAAAAUGCGAGUAUUUGUCUUUACUGUACAGGUGUAGCUUUUGGUUUUGUAAGUAUUUCAGUGAAAGUCUUCAUUGUGAAGAAGGGCAGUGGCAAAAAUGCUUAAGGAAGAAUCUGCACUGCACCUCUCCGGAUGUAGAGGAGCAAAGGUAGUAAGGAUGGAUAUACUGUGGGGCUUAUUAGGUAUGUGGUCUUUUCUUUUGCUAAAUUAAGGUUGGCAACUUACACAUCUGAGAGUUGUAUGAUCUGAAUUUUAUUUGUAAAUCUUAUACUGUAUAUCAUUUCCAACAGUACAGUAAAUUACACUCAACAGGUUUCUCUCUCUCUCUGACAAGCCCUUUCCUGAUACAGUUGUAAUUUAAGUUGUGUGUUAGAAGGGAGAACUUGAUCACAGUGCAAGCAUUUUCAUGGUGUGUUUAAUCGUCUGUUUUGGAAGCUAAAUCCUAUCUCCUGAUGUGAUAUGAUGGAGUUGAAAAUAUAUAGGAAAUUGUUUGCUGUGUAUGAAUUGUGUAUUUAUGGUUUUUAGGGCUGUGAAAUUUGGUGGUUUUACUGUAAGUAAAUCUUGCAUUGUGCUCUUUGAUGUUUGAUAAUUCUUCUACAGUAUCAUAAUUAUCAGUGAUCAGGUAGACAUCCCUGUGACUUAGCAUGUUAGUUAGCUGUUGCUCACUAGACAAUACUGUACAGUAGUUCUUGUUGUCAAGAGAUUGUGAUCAAAUUUACAAGUGUGACUGAUGAAAAAUUUUGCACGUUUAUAUUAUCUCACUUAUAUCUUAGCCAAGAACAACCUGUAGUUUAAAUUAUAAACUGCAUAUUAGUGUGAACAUAUUACCUGUACCUGUUGGUAGAAGUUUGGAUUAGCCUUGUAGACAGUGCCAUAGGAAGGCAGUGCAACACUUGGUGCUGUAGAUGAAAGCAUUCAAUCAAAAACCUGUUCAUGGUUCAGUGCUCAUUAUGUAAUGUACAUGUACUGUAGUAUAAAAUAUAUAGCAAUAUUGUCAUGCAGUAUAACACUUUUACAAGUGUAGUAAUUAGAUAUUAAAGUGAAGUGUGUGAUAAGACAGAAGACUGGUAUCUGUGAUGUUGACCUUACCGUAAGGCUGACCAUGUUAAAUUUCUCUCAUGUGUGUCCAUCCUUUUUUCAUUUUUCAGGUAUUUGAAUAGUGUACCUCAGUCACUGUAUUGGCUUAAGUUCUUGGAGGUGAGGAUAAAAUAGCCAUCAGCACUAUUGUAUAUACCUCCUGAUCACUGAUCUGCAAUAAUGCAUAUACCUGUACUUUACAAUUAGGUUUGUUGCCUCAAUUUUGUUUCUUAUGUCUUUGAGUUGUAAUACGUAAUAGUAAUACAGUUAACCCUCACUUUACGCGGUCCCACAUUCCGCGUUUCCACGUUUACGCGGUGCCCUGCCGGAACCCAGGAUGCUCACAUUCCGCGGUGCGUGUAC